AUGAGGGAGAAGGCCACCCAGGUCAACCUCAUGUCCAUGAUCCUGUUGUGGAAUGCCAAAAUCACCUCACCUCUGGUACUGCCCCACACUAUCAUCUCUUCUUGUCAGCCCAAGUCUGCGCCCUCGGUCACAUUCUUCCCACUCUCUCCUGAGGAGCUCAGCACCAACAAGGCCACAAUAGAGUGCUUCAUCAGUGACUUCUACUCCAGCAGCUUGACAGUGGCCUGGAAGGCAGACUGCACCCCUGUCACCCAGGGCAUCGAGACCACCAAGCCCUCCAAACAAAGCAACAACUGCAGGUGGGCUUGGGUCAGGAGUGGAGGUACUGACAGAGGGUUUGUGUUCAAGGCUGUGUCACAGUGUUAUCUUUUCGGCGGAGGAACCCAUCUGACCAUCGCUGGUCAGCCCAAGUCAGCACCAUCGGUCAUGCUGUUCCCACCAUCCCAUGAGGAGCUCAAGGCCAACAAGGCCACGCUGGUGUGCCUCAUCAGUGACUUCUACCCCAGUGGCUUGACAGUGGCCUGGAAGGCAGAUGGCAACCCUGUCACCCAGGGCAUCGAGACCACCAAGCCCUCCAAACAGAGCAACAACAAGUACGCAGCCAGCAGCUACCUGAGCCUGUCACCUGACCAGUGGAAAUCUCGCAGCAUAUUCACCUGCCAGGUCACGCAUGAGGGGAGCACCGUGGAGAAGAAUGUGGUCCCUGCAGAGUGCUCUUAGGUCCCCGAGACUGUCAGGGAUGGAGGCCUUCCUCAUCCAGACACUGCUUCCCCAGCUCACCAUGUACCCCUGAGAACCAACCCCUGGAUCAGUUCUGACCAGGCAGGUCACACACCCUCCCUUGUUUCUACCUGUGCUCAAUAAAGAAAUUAUCACUUACCAUUUGA